CAACUGCCAACUGGCCAAUCUCUCACUUCGGUGAUCGGUUCGCCGGCCAAUUGUUGCGUUGAGUACAUUCAGCUCUCAGCCUCUUGUCUUGGCUGCAUAACCAUAACCUGAUGGGCUCACCAUAACGAAAUAAAUGACCUUUAUGCUCUGUCUAGGAAAGGCAAUUGUAAACGAGCUCUUCCGACGCGGCUCCAUGGACGAAGACUGCUCCGGUCCAUGUGCGGCAAGUUUAUCCGCCCAGCUUCUGAUUCAAAUGAGAAAGAAGCGGCCUGGUAUUGAUAUCGCUGCGCUAGGCAGUCCCACCGAGGGUACAAGCUUUCGAGAUGUCCGUAGCAACAUGAAAAGAAUCCGGCGCCUGCUCGACAUGCUUGCGGACCGCGAUAGCGUGUUCCUAGUAUUGGAUUCCCUGGUGCAUUUGGCCGGCUCCGACGAGCAGACCUCCGAGGUCGUCAGAUUCGUUUUCGGACUUAUUGACGAUUCUAGGCUUGUGGUUAAGAUUCUAGCAACUGGUAUCUUCUUGGGCCUGGUAUUGGAGGCGAUCAAUCACACAACCUUGUUCCUUCCAGAUUUUGUGGAUGGAGGAAGCCAGGAUAUCAACCCGGCAUUCUUCGAGGGCGAUACUCUGCAGUCGAUUGAAGAGUUUGAAGCGCAGAAGGAAGACGAACAGGAUAGUACUGAUGCUGCCGAUGAAGAGAGCGAGACUGAAUCGGAAGGGUGGGAUUACUAACGGAUGCCGAGUGUGUUUGUGGCGGAGUGCGAUGAGGAAUUGGACACUUGAUGAGCAAACUUUGAUCGUGCCAGUGAACAUACAGGCGGCUAAGAGUGAUGAGGUCG